AAAGCGAGUCUCCUCUUGCUCCUCCCAUCCCUUUUCCUCAUUCUUCUUUGAAAUACGAACACUUCCUUCUCUAGCACUCAUUUCCUAAGACAACAAAGUCUCAAUUCUACAAUGCCUUACAACACUCCUCUUGGCGGCUUCUCCCGCCUUCUUACUCCUCAGAUUGCCAUCCACUCCUGCCCUUUUUCUGUGCUCAACAUUUUGAAAGUAGGCGCCCGUAUGACCUUGAUCAAGCUUCCUAACGAUAAUAUUAUCAUCUGGUCUGCGGUUCCGUACGGGCCAGAGGCUGAGCGUUGUUUGGAGUUGCUCCAGCCGUACAACAAAGUCACAAAUGUUAUUAUUCCUGACUCCGCACAUACCAUGGCUGCACGUGACUAUGUCUCCAAAUUUCCGGGUAUCACUGCACUUGGGGUAGACGGAGUGAACGAAGCCUCUUCAACUACUAUUACUGCGGGAAAAAUUAAUAAGACUCAUGCAAACCGAAUUCUCAAGGGUUCAGAAUUGGCAGACAUUCUCAAAGUCCUCAAAGGCCCAGAGUUGGCAGACAUUCUCAAAGGUGAAAAUGCAAAGGACUUGGUCGACAACUUUGAGUUUGUAUACUUUGCGGGUCACAAAAACAACGAGUUGGUGAUGUAUCAUCCAAACACCAAAACUUUGUUUGAAGCUGAUUUGCUCUUCAACGUUAAGCCAAAAAGUGAGCAGUACGGCAAUGAAGAUCCAACUACGGGGUUGAGUUUCAUUGCUCGCUACAUACAGCCGUACUCAGCUGGUAACCGUGAUGCCAUUAGUGCUGUUGCUUCUUGGGAUUUUGAACGCAUUGUGGUAUCCCAUGGUGAAGUUAUUGAAGGGAAAAACGAGAGCAGACUGGCAUUUGACUCGGUCUACGGCCAUUUCUACAAGUAAAGAACUUGGCUAAAAUAUCAAAGACUCUUUUGUAUCUUUCCAUUCGUAUUGAAAUGGAACUCUACCGGGAGUAUCAGUUGCACCGUGUAUAUAUUUACUGUUACUCGAAAAAGCCCGUCUGUACUGAACGUUGACUAUAGGCACUACAAUGCCGCUUUAGAGACGUGUACAUGUGUAUAUCAGUCUACAUCUAACGAACGUAUUCGAAUAUUCAAACUAAAAUAUAGCUG